UUAAAAACCUCCCUAAAGUUGGCUUGUCAAGAUCGAGUUUUAGAAAUCGGCGGCUCGUUGAUUAGAGUAUACUCCGUAUUAUUAUUGUUGCAGAUUUAUUCAGAACCCAAUAGACGAGGUUGCGACUUGCGAGGAAGAAAAUCAAUGGAGAAGGAGGUGUACAGAAACCUUGUGAAAGCAGUGAAGAAACACAUAGGAAAAGAAGAGCACAAAGCCCAUUUCACCGACUUUAUAAGAGUUGAGUUCAGGAAGAGCAUUAAUAGCAAAGCUGCUGCUGCUGCUGCUAUGAAGGAUCUUUCCUUCACUCAUCAGGAGAAUAGGUUAAAGCUUGCGAAAGAUUAUACCUUUCUCCUCAAUAGUGUUCACCAUCAAAAGGACUUGCUGUUUUCUUAUAACAUUGCAGUCGAUAGGUCUGAUGAGAUGAAAAAAGUUUUGAGUAAAUCUGCAGCCAGCGUCGGGCUCCAACUUCCUGAAGUAUAUCAGCCAUGACAGCCAUGAUUUCGAUUCUGGAGAAGAACUACUGAUGGACAUUCUUAUUAAUGGUGGAAGCAGUUUUUCUUGUCAUCAUCAAAUCAUUCCCCGCCACUCAAAAUCUGGAAAGCGCAUUCAUCAAUUUUUGCAGAGUUCCAAAAGGAUUCUUGUGACUAAUCUUCUUUAGUCAAGAAAACAUGUUGAGUUCUUUCUUUUUCUUUUUGAUGAAACAUUUUGAACUCAAAUUGUUUUUGUAUCAUGUUUGUUAGAUAAUAAGUUUAGGUGUAUUUAAUAUAAACUUUUAAUGGUCUAAAUGUAUUCAAACUUUCAUUUAUUCGAAUGUAAACAUAAAAUCAUUAAUUCUAUUAUGGACUUUUACCUCAAUGUUA